AUGUGUCAGUUGUCUAAUGCCUUUCUUUCCACCACAGCAGGACUGAACGUCAAAGUAGAGGAUGACAACCCGGCCCAGUCCACGCCCACAGCCGUCAGCACCCCCACGCCCACAACCCCUUCACAGACACCCACGCCCAUGACCCAGCCCAGCCAAGGGAAGAGAGAGCACGAGACACGCGAAGAAUCUUCCCACCAGAAGGUGAAACAGCGGCGGUCACGUACAAACUUCACGCUCGAGCAGCUGAACGAACUGGAGCGGCUCUUUGACGAGACCCACUACCCGGACGCCUUCAUGAGGGAGGAGCUGUCGCAGCGGCUGGGUCUCUCGGAAGCCAGAGUGCAGGUGUGGUUCCAGAACAGACGAGCCAAAUGCAGGAAGCACGAGAGCCAGAUGCACAAAGGUUCUCGGCGUUUUUCGCAGUUCGUUGAUUUUUUCCAAGUAAAAAGUCACAUUAUAGCGCCCGUGUUCUUAUAUCAAAUUAUACUGAUUACUGAUUCCGCUCACGUCGGGGGCUCUGCCGUCCCCGUGCACGCUCGUAGCCAUCCUCUGUACCCGCUCCUGCGCCGAGACAAUGUCAUUAGCAGGAUGUACACAAUGCCGAAAGUCUGGAAAAUCCGAGCUAAUCAUAUUCAGGCAAGAUCCAAGACCGGCAUGCUGCUCUCGCCGUCGUCCACCGCCACCUCACCGAUGGGCGUGAUGCCAGCCAGCAGCGUGGGCCUCGGCAGUUCGGGCGGAGUGGGCGUGCCCCUCGAGGCGUGUCGCGUGGCGCCCUACGUGUCUCCGCUUCGCCUUCACCCUCCUGCGUACGACAGGCUGCCCACGCUGCCGGCGCUCUCGCUCGACCCCGCGCUGCUCUCCGCCGCCCAUCAGUACGCUGCGGCGGCCGUGUCCCUCAGCGCGGGCAUCACGGGGGUCUCCAGCACUACCAGCAGCAGCACGAGCAGCAGCACCAGUAGUCUCAGCAGCAGUAGUACUGGGGGCAGCAGUGGCGGCACCAGCAACCCCUUGUCGUCUCCGCCCCUGCUGUACUACCCGCACCCCACCUACCCCCUCGCCCUGUCCGCCCUCGCCGCCGCCGAGAGGAUCUCCUCCAAGAACUCCUCCAUAGCCGAGCUCAGACUGAAGGCCCGCAAGCACGCCGAGGCCCUCGGACUCACCAUGCCGCCGACAUAA